GGGAGCAUAGAGGCAAUAGUUAAGAAUGGGUUAUCGCAGGAAGCAGAAGAAGAUGACCUUAGAAAACUACGUCGAUUUCUUUCUGUCUCAUAAGCAACUCCGUCUCACGAUCCAAUCCCUCAACCAGGUCAUCGACAUGCACGGGUUGAGGAAAAUCUACAGAGCUCCUAAGAAAGUGGUAACCGACGCAGUGAACACACUGGAUCUCAUGGAUCCCUCGCGCUGCACACUGAACGACAACGUUUCGUCGUUGGCGUUCGUGGCUCUGGAGGACGUAAUCGCCGACCUGAACGAACUCGACUGGCAAGAGUGCUGCGUGACCUCGAUCCAAACCCUGAACUCAUGGAAACACAGCGUCCCGGAUUCCGGCACAAAGCAGAUACCGAUAAAGGAUUCGGAUCGGGGAGGCGUGAGUGAGGGGGGCGAUGGAGCUUCGUCGUCGUGUGUUGUUGGGUCGGAGCCAGGCGAGCAGCGAGGGAAGUCGAAGAGGAAGAGAAUCAAGAGAUCGACGGUACCGGAUCAGAGCUGCUAGAGUUGGCGGGUUGCUUUUCACUACGAACUUCGGGUCGGUUGGAAUAUUCGGUUGGAUCAGGCUCUAUUAUAUUUUCGUAUAGUUUUUACAUUACUUUAUUAUCUUUUUCAACUUUUGGACAAGUCGAUAAUUUCCUAAGCAUGAAAUUACGUAUGCUUUUU